AUGGACCUGGCCUUUGACUCUUCAGGCGCUCCUCCGGGCAUCGCGGCGCUGUUUCUCAUCCGCUUCGACAUCAGAGCUGGAUAUACGAUUGCCUGGAAGAAGACUCGCUCAGAGAUUGUACUGGAGAAUGCGGUGGAAUUCAAGUCUCUACCAUCAGGCGCACACAACGUCAAGGAGGAUCUGGUUUACUUUGUCCACGAUCAAUAUGCCGGUCUAAGCGCCUUCGUCAACGAGCCCGCGGGGGAGGCAGAGCGCAAUGCGAUCAUGCUCUCUGUGGGAAUACUCGCGCCUCUGAGCCAUGGCAGACUUGGGAGAAGCUGGAAACACGCUGCUGGACUCAAGGACCUGGCUGUACAACUUGCAGCGGACCCGGACAACACCCAGCCCUUGACUGAAUAUUGGGAAAAGUACCAAUUGAGAGAGAGCGAGGUCAACUCGCCGCCAGACUCCCCCCUGGACUCGAUGUCCCAUGCUAAACCCGCACCUGCACCUGCGAAACGUCGACAGCGGGCUCUGAGUGAUGCUACAGCACUCAUCUCAAAUCACAUCUUGCCAUCAUACCAUCCUGCGUUGACGCUGCCGGACUUUCUAGAUUCGUUCGGGCCCUUGAUAUUUCCCUUGUAUCGAGCGGCUCUCUUACGGAAACGCAUCGUCUUCCUUGGUGACGCUCCGGUUGAGACGUCAUGUAAUUUUAUAUAUAAUUUAUCCCUAUUGUCCUCUCUCCCUCACAACUUACUAUCUCUUCUCCCUUCGACCAAAGAUAUCCCUAGCCUUAGACCACGGCCGUUAUUCAACAUCGGCAUUCAUGACAUGGCACACCUGUCUGCACUCUUCAACACUGCUGACCCAUGCUGGAUAGCAUGCUCCAGUGAUCGUGUCCUCGGACUGAGACCAGAGCUCUACGAUAUUCUCGUAAACCUCCCACCCGACUACACAAGGCAAGCACCCGAAAAAAUAUACCCUAAACUGUCCGUAUCCCCUCCCACUGCUGCAGGCCAGCACAGAGAUCCAAAGGCAAAGUCCACGCCCAUAAAAGCAACACAACGAGAUACCCGUCGAUUCAUAACACUACGAGAUGGACUGAAAGAGUUAUUCCGACUAGGCGAAAUAUCUGGUCCAGACAGAGAAGAGUCAGAUAACAUGUCUACCUUCUCAUCAAACUCCCUUGUUGAGCCGAUUUCCUGGCCUUUACUAGCAUAUACAUCAUUCAUAUGGUGGGCGUCCGCUGGAGAAAAGGGCGCAGGUCACGCAGAUGAAGAAGCAGAGCAGGACGCGGAGCUUCUCCAGGUAAACAAUAACAAUACCGAAGCGGUAGAUGAUCACGACCCUUCUUCAAACACACGCCCACUCUACCGCCGAGAAUCCAUGGUUAUACCAGAUACAAACAACAUAUCCCAAGAAAUUGCCAUAAUAACAUACUUCCGACGACUAACCACUCAGAUAUUCACCAUCCUAUUCGACAUCAUUACCCGCCAGACAGAAGAUCCCAAUGAGACACCGGAGUACUGCAACUCGAGCGAGGCAUCUUCCGUCCGCCGCUACCGUGAUGAUGAAGGCGAAGAAGAUGGCGAAGGUAAUUCGUCUACCCUCGUCGGUGAGCACGAUGACCAGCCGCUACUCCGUAUGCCGGAUGAAGACGAAGUCAUCACCAUCACCUCCUCCGAUAUUACCAACAUGGGUCUUGAUGCCUGGAGCCAUGCGGAUAAAGUCUUCGUCGUGGAGCUGGUGAAUGUCUGGUGGGGGCGAAAGGCACAGGUCGAGGGGUCUCAUAUCCAGUGUUGUGGUGUGCGAAUUAUAUAA